AUAGCGUAUUUGGUUCGAUUUUGCAAAAUUUGGUGGAAUACAGUAAUCUUCAGAUCAUCCUUUUAAUCCAAGAACUGACCGUCACGACCUUGGACAGAUGUCUCCCACAAUGUCGCCCAGCAAAAGCGAUAAAAAUCAACCUUCUAAAUACAUACACCUUGCUUCAGACGGCGCUCUAGCAGUAAUCGAACACGACUUCCGACAUGAACAAACCCGUAUAAUCAUAUGGUGGUGUACUGUCAGACACAAACAGACAAACCAGACAAACAUCGAGUCGAACAUGUCAUUUGAUUCUGUCUGUUGUUCGAUACCCACCUGUGCUGCGAGUACCCUGGCUGUCAAACACUUCACAGCUACAGUAGAUGGAAUUCAAUUCAUGACAUUUCCAAUUUGUUAACGAAGUUUUUCUUUUUUUCUUCUUAUAAUUGCGUAAAAAAUGUAUAGUAUAGCUAUCAAUAAUUAUUGCAAUGCUUCAUCAUCAAUUAUAGCAUCAAAUAUACAUGUUUGAAUCGUAUUAAACUAUUGCAUAUACACAAUGCAUGUGUAUGCACUGAAUGUGUUUUCGCAUGGACGUUUGUUUACAUUUUUCAAUAUUAAAUUAGAAUGAUUUUUAUGUUAUUAUUGAUGUGAAUAACUUGUAAAUUAUUUGUAGAAUCUUCCUCCUGCAGAUGAAUGUAUCAUUUAAACUAUGAAAAUGCUCGAGAUAGGAGCAAAACUCGAGAUGAAAAGAUAGGAGUAUUGCCGUGCAUCAUGACAGGUCUAUAAGACAUCGAACAGCUGACAGAGGACCUAUCGAACAGAGAGUUUGUUUGUCUCGUUCUAUUGGUCCCAGAGCGCCACCUCACUUUCUCAUAUUCAUACACCAAAGUGCCACCACUUUAUUUAUACACCUUUGCAUAGAUAGGCAUAGUCACCUAGUUUGUAAUCGAUUUUCCUAAUAUCUGAGCUAAUAUCUGAAACUUGAGCCAAUACGAAGGACAUCGUUGAUCAAACAAUCUCACUAAUACAUCGUACUCAUAGCUUUCGUUGACGAGAAGAUGCAUCCAAAUCGUGGUAAUUUUAGUUUUCAAGUGCGGCGCAAUCACGCAGUUCAACAGCAACUAAAUGUGAAGGAUCAAAGCCGUAGCUUCUCUUUAAAUGCGGUGCCCCCCCCUAGUUCGUUAAGCGGGCGACCAGUUAAUGCAUCUGUUCCUAAGCCAUACAAUUAUAGUUCUGGAAUUUCAAAGCACGGUUAUCAUACGAUGGAAUCUUUACAUCAGCAUUCCAACGCUUCUCAAUAUUCAGUUGUUAAACGUCGGGGCAGAACGGAAGACGAGUAUUUUGACGAAGACGACGAACCUGCCCCUCAACAGCUAGAAUAUAUUCCCGCUCCUGGAAGCCCAACAGCCGCUGACGUAAGUUUACGCAUCUUCCCUCCUUCGAAACCAUACGAAAUCCCUAAAAAUAUAUCCGAUGAAGAAGAUGAAGAAGAUCCUUUGGAUGCAUUUAUGGCUGGUAUUGAAGCGCAGGUUAAAAUGGAAAAAAAUAAAAUUCCUCAACCUCAUCUGGAACCAAAAAAAGGUACACGAGGAGAUAUUGACGAUGAAGAUGACGAAGAAAGUUAUUACCGAUACAUGCAAGAAAAUCCUCACGCUGGCCUAAUAGACGAAGGAUCCGAUGCAGAAAUGGAUUAUGACGAAGAUGGCAAUCCAGUGCCUCUACAACGACGACGGGAUAUUGACCCGUUGCCAUCAAUUGAUCAUACAGAGAUCGACUAUCUGAAGUUCGAAAAAAAUUUCUACAUCCCUCACGAAGACAUUGUCAAUUUGUCCCAAGCAAAAGUACAGGACUUGCGUCAAACACUCUGUGUGAAAGUAAGCGGCCCAAUGCCACCGCAUCCUGUCACCAGUUUUGCUCACUUCGGAUUUGAUGAAUCGUUGAUGAAAUCCAUUCGGAAAUCAGAGUUCAGUACACCUACACCAAUACAGGCUCAAGCGAUUCCAGCAGCUUUGAGUGGAAGAGACAUAAUUGGUAUAGCCAAAACUGGAAGUGGUAAAACUGCAGCUUUUCUUUGGCCGAUGCUAGUGCACAUAAUGGACCAACGUGAGUUAGGUCCUGGUGAUGGGCCUAUUGGAUUGAUUCUAGCACCGACCCGAGAAUUGUCACUUCAGAUUUACAACGAAGCUAAGAAGUUUGGCAAGGUAUAUAACAUUAGCAUUUGUUGUUGUUAUGGAGGGGGUUCUAAAUGGGAACAAAGCAAGGCGCUCGAACAAGGGGCGGAAAUAGUAGUUGCUACACCUGGUCGUAUGAUAGAUAUGGUAAAAAUUAAAGCUACUAAUCUUCAAAGAGUGACAUACUUGGUUUUGGACGAAGCGGACAAAAUGUUCAACAUGGGAUUUGAGCCACAAGUUCGUUCGAUCUGCAACCAUAUUCGACCUGAUCGGCAGACACUUUUAUUCAGUGCUACUUUCAAAAAACGUGUGGAAAAACUUGCACGCGAUGUGUUAACCGAUCCCGUACGUAUAAUUCACGGUGAUUUAGGGGAAGCAAAUUCUGAUGUAACGCAACGUAUUAUUCUUUUACCAACUGUACAAAGCAAGUGGAACUGGUUGUUAACGAACCUGGUAAAGAUGCUUUCCGAGGGAAGUGUAUUGAUAUUUGUAACUAAAAAAGCUGAUGCAGAAGAAACCGCAAAUAAUCUGCGGUUGAAGGAUAAUGAUGUCGUCUUACUUCAUGGAGAUAUGGACCAAUCAGAACGAAAUUUUGUUAUCACCAGAUUUAAACGGAAAGAUGUCGAUAUCAUGGUAGCCACGGAUGUGGCAGCUCGCGGGUUAGAUAUUCCACACAUUCGAACAGUAGUCAAUUACGAUAUUGCUCGUGAUAUCGAUACUCACACACACCGUAUUGGCCGUACUGGACGUGCCGGUGAGAAAGGUACGGCGUAUACUCUAAUUACCGACAAGGACAAAGAAUUUUCUGGACAUCUGGUACGCAAUCUUGAAGGAGCAAACCAAGAUGUGCCAGAAGAUUUGAUGAAACUGGCAAUGCAAAGUUCAUGGUUUCGGAACAGCCGUUUUAAACACGCGAACAAAGGAAAGAAUUUAAAUGUAGGUGGUGCUGGAUUAGGGUUCCGCCAACGGACAAUUCAGCGUGGUGCAAUGGGUCGUUCACUAGAUGCUUUAAAGGUACUUGUAGAAGACGGGGAUCCUUCAGGACCAUCGCCGGGGUCAUCGAAGGGUCCUGCUACUGAUCGUUUAUCGGCAAUGCGAGAAACUUUUCGCGCUCAUUAUAAUGCACAGUUUAAAGCAUCAAGCGAUCGAACCUGGGAAAAUACCGUUCCAGAAGGUGGUGUUUUUAUUAAACCAGCACAACCAGGCUUGGGAUCGUCGUCAAACUCUGAUCCAAACCAUACAUCAAAAAAUGAUACAAUGCCGCGAAAAAAGAAAAGCAGGUGGAAUUGAGAUGAGUAGAGCCGGACGUAGAUGGUUUUUGAAGCAUUACAGUAAAACAAGCAGAAUUUGUUCUUUGUAACAUUUUUAAAUAAAUAAAAAAGGUGCAAAAUAUA